GUCGUAAAGUGUGAAGCAUCGUAGUCGUGACGGCGCCGUACGGCAGCGGCGGUUGGCGCCUUUGUCCUGGCGGCGGCGGCGGGGUCGGCGGUACCCGGUGCGGCGAGUUGCAUUUGGACGACAGCAAAAUGGCUCGAGGACGCAAGAGCAAUAGCAUCAAACAGAGCGACUUCACCAACAGCACCAACCCCCAGGACUUAGAGAGAAGACUUUUUGUUGGCAAUUUGCCCACAGACCACAUGACUCGUGAAGAAAUGGAAGAGAUAUUUUCAAAAUAUGGCAAAAUCAGGGCCCUCAGCAUGUACCAUGGCUAUGGGUUCGUGCAGUACGACCGUCUGGAGGAUGUCCAGGCCGCUCUGGACGGGGAGAAGGGCCGCCUUUAUAAAGGGUAUAGAUUAGAUAUUAAUAAAGCAGUGGAAAGAAGAAAUAUGAAUAAGGCUUCAUCAAGGUCCAGUCCGGCACGAAGGGAGCCCUAUGCCUACGGGGAUGGCCGAGACACCAGACGGGACCGCUCCCCUCUUCGGGGGAGCCCACGGAGAGACCCCAGAGAUGGUAGAAAUGGCCGAGAUUCCAGAGACACUCGAGACAUUCGAGCUAGAGACAUGCGUGAUGCCAGAGACCACAGGGACCCCCGGGACCUGCGGGACCCCCGGGACAUCAGGGAUCCAAGAGACCUGCGGGACCCUCGUGAUGUUCGAGACCUUCGUGACCCACGGGAGCCGCUCUAUGAUCGAUACAGGGAUCCACGGGAUAUGAGAAAUCCACGAGAUGUCAGGGAUCCACGGGAUAUGAGAGACCCUCGGGACCCUUUGUACAGACGAGAUGAAUCCUAUGACCGUUACAUUCGCUUCGAAGACUACUGUCGGCGAAAGGACGACUCUUACUAUGACCGUUACAAAGAGCAUUUUGACAGAGCACCAGUGAAUUCAGAUGAGCGCCUGAAGCGCGAGGAGCGGCGCCGGGAGGAGCUGUACCGGCAGUACUAUGAGGAAAUCAAGAGACGUUUUGAUGCAGAGAGACCUGUGGAUUGUUCUGUGAUCGUGGUGAAUAAACAGACAAAGGAGUAUGCGGAGUCAGUGGGGCGGAAAGUGCGGGAUCUGGGCAUGGUAGUGGACCUGAUCUUCCUCAACACAGAGAUGUCACUGACGCAAGCCCUGGACGAUGUGAGCAGAGGAGGGUCUCCUUUUGCCAUUGUCAUCACCCAGCAGCAUCAAGUUCACCGCUCUUGCACUGUUAACAUCAUGUUUGGCACCCCACAAGAGCACCGCAACAUGCCCCAGGCUGAUGCCAUGAUGCUGGUGGCCAGGAACUACGAGCGCUACAAAACCGAGUGUCGGGAGAAGGAGCGGGACGAGAUCGCCCGGCAGGCAGCCAAGAUGGCGGAUGAGGCUGUCCUGCAGGAGCGGGAGCGCCCGGGCCCUGGGGACGAGGGGGCCCGGGGAGGUCACCCCCCUGCAAUCCAGACUCUGCUGAACCUGCUGGCAGACAACCGCUACCUGACGGCCGAGGAGAUGGACAAAGUCAUCAACUACCUGAGGGAGCGCAAGGAGCGGCUGCUGAGGGGCAGCACCGACACGCUGCAGGCACCCAUGGCAAGACAGUCUUUGGGGGCACCUUCAGGACCAUCUCUGGGGGGUCAGUCCAGCCUUCCAAGCAGUCAAGCUCAUCAGGGUUCGCAGCCUCUGGUCUCUGCUCCUUCUGUUCCAGUGUCCUCUUCUAAUCCUCAGCAGGAGCUUCAAGCAAAAAUCCUGAGUCUCUUCAACAGUGGGGCAGCAGCAGUGGCCAACAGCACUCCCGCAGCCACUGCUGGCACUGCAGGCAGCGCACCAAACCAGAACUUUGCUAGCAUGGGCAGUGGCCAGGCCCGCCCAGCACAGAUGGGUGCUGGAAACUUAAACCAGGCUCAGCAGAGAUUGCAGACUCCAAGCACACAGAUUCCUGCCCUCCAAGGCCCUUCAAGAAAUGCAGGUCCAAGGCCUGGAGCUCCUCCACAAGCUCAAUCGCUCUACGGUCAGCACCAGAACCGCCUCCCUGCACCUAGCAAUGUACCUGCUCAAAGGCCAGUAUCUUCUGGUAUCAACUUUGACAACCCCAGUGUGCAGAAAGCCUUGGACACCCUUAUCCAGAGUGGUCCUGCACUCUCUCACUUAGUGAGCCAGACAGUGGCCCAGGGGCGAGCAGGGUCCUCAGCCCAGCAACCUAUGGGUUCUUACCAGCGACACUACUAAAGCUGAGCUGUCAGUCCCUUUCCCCCUCCCUUUGCCAUUCCAUACUUAUACUUGUUUAAAGAGUCUUCUGUCCUUGCACGGGACAAAUGCCCCUGGAUAUGCAUGUGCUCUCCCCUUUGCGAGAGCGUACUCUGGUGGCACUGUGCUCUGGCUGGCAGUGUCUGGAGAAGCAUGCUCUGGUUCCCUGGUGGCAGGAGCUGCUUUUGAUAGUCGGUUCUUUUGUCCAGUCCCAGAAGCUGCUGCGGUGAUGGCUCUGCUGCAUUUUCCUCGCUUCCAGCAGCUGGUGCAUCUCCGUGUUGAGGUGCAGCCUGGUCUUGAAUGAUCUCAGUAUAGUUUUGAGUUAAUGGUUCUGAAGAAACGGGGCUGGACAGAGCCUCUUGGAGACGCGCCUGCUCGGCAUGGGCACUGGUUUUCUUUGGGUUUCUUUUUUCAAUUACUUUUUUUUUCCUACUGACACAUAAGCCCGUUGGGAGGUCCAGGGGUAGCAUUAGAGCUGAACUCAUGGAACACAUGCCUGUCCCUACUCAGUCACUCAGGACCGCACUGUAUGGACUGCCCUUGCUGGAGUGUCCUGACAAAGGAGUGCUGCUCAUCACACCCAGCCCAUGGAAAGCAGCAGCUUUGGCCUCAGUACUGUGGCAGAUCUGAAACAAGAGCUUCCACCAAGGCAGAGAUUUGAAAUGGGCUGUCAGUUUUCCUGCACUCAGCAGUCAGUGUUACAAUUGAUCUGUUAAAUUUGGCGUAUAAAUUUCCUUUCAUCUCACCCUGACUGGGGACAGUUGGUUGCUGUAGCCUAAGAGCUCAGCCACAUCCAUGCUGCUGGCCCUGCCUUGGCAAUACCUGGAGCCAGUUACAAGGGGUGAGUGUCUGCUCUCGCUGUCGGUUGGUGUUUUGUCCAUCCGAGGAAGUGAGGCAGUGCCAUGAUGCAAUACCAUCAUUUUAUAUAUUUUCUUCAACACUUUGGUAGCUGCAGCAGGCACUUGAGUGGAAAAUGGGGCAGUGAUUCUUCACCGUGUUUAUAACCAGUAACAUACUUUGAUAGCAGAACACAGAACAUCUCUUAAUGACAUGGUCCUCUCCAGCACAGCCCCUUAGUCCGGCAGUACUAAGGGAGCAGUGCUCUUGGAGCUGCAGGUUCCUUUGUCCCAGGUGGUUUGUGUUGUAGCAGUUGGUUUUUUGCUCUCUGUGCUGUUAACAGGAGGACUUUACUUUCUAAUAAAAAG